UUCAAUGAGCUCCAGACAGGCAGCAGGCAUCAGGACAGGGGAAACUUGACGGCCACAACACGCAGCUCAUUCAUUCCCCCCAGCAGCGGGCACGCUCCACGCAGCCUCCAGGACUCCUCCCGCUGCCUGGACGCACACUUGUUAAACUUUCCCCCGCCUGCCGCCGCACUUUCCCUGGCUUCGACGCUAUGGACCCGCCAUGGACGGACACCGGCGCUCCGGUACGGCAUGCAAAUACGUACUCUGACGUCGGCGAUCAUGUGGCUUUUGGCGUAGAUCCUCCUUGUGAUCGCCAAUUUUUCCUUUCCUGUCGCCUGUUGUCUGCUCGGCUAUUGGGCCGCCGCCGCGCGACUGUGUAGAAGCGGAGACUCGGCUCAUUUCGUGGGUUUACGGCGGCGGUGGGAUUUGUACCCGCACCGCCUGAGCAUCGCGCCAAAAGACAACAACACGGCGGCCAGGUAGAAUCCUGUCAUGCAGUUCCAGGAGGUUGGAGAGCACUGUAGCUGACACUGUCAGCGAGCUCCGCCUCCACUACACUAAAACAGUUACAUUUCCACCAGACCUUCACAUUUCACUGCCCUCCUCUCUCUCAGGCCACUUAUCGCACCCCAGGGGAAGAUUUCUCCUCAGGCUCCUUGGCUGCUCAGUCCCAUCCCAGAAACUGUCCUGAGGUUGCUGCCUGUAUCUCUGUCCUCUUACACCUGACUAUACGUCCACAGCUGCAUAGUCCCGCAUCCUUGGCACCUCAGCCAUAUUCGCCAUCACAACAUCCCUGGCCACGCACAAGCACGUGUAGGGCUGCCGUCCAAAAGGACAAACCCAGUAUCUACCGUCAACAUGUCCAGUCGACGAAAAGCUUCCACUCCCUGUAUGAUUCGACCAGAGCAGACCAUGGUUGAGUUGGAUGAUGAUGCAGAGGAAUCACACAAUAUGGAGAUAACGACAGAGAACCAUACUGAGGAUGGGCCUAUGGAGGCAGAUCUUUCGACAGGAGCAGAUUCAUCCAUGGACCUGGAUCUAUCAGGAAAGGCCUCUGACCUCCCGUCUGCUCCUGACAAACCUGCCACUGAGCCACCAGACCUUUCUAAGCCCCAACGAAGGCAGCAGGGGGGCUAUGAGUGCAAAUACUGCCCCUUCUCCACACAGAACCUGAACACUUUCAAAGAACACGUAGACGCCAACCAUCCUAACGUCAUCCUCAACCCCCUGUAUCUGUGUGCCGUCUGCAACUUCAACACAAAAAAGUUUGACACCCUGACGGAGCACAAUGAAAGGUGUCACCCUGGGGAGAGCAACUUUAAAUUCAAGCGUAUAAAAAUGAACAAUCAGACAAUCUUAGAACAGACAAUAGAGGGGUGCAGUAACAACGCAGUCAUUUACAACACGUCAAGCGCCAAUUCUGGCAAAGGGGACGAACUCGGCACUUUGCCACUAAGCAGACCCGCCGCAGUGAAGGUUGGUAAACCAAAAAUGACGUCAGAUAAUAAACGGACAGAGUUGGGUAAACUGACCCAAGACCUGGCCAAGAAACCAAUCACUGCGUUUAAUGUCAACGGGACGGUCAUCAUCCCUGAAUCAACGCUACUUAAAGCAGACGGCCUUUCUCACAUCAUGCCUUCCCUCCAGCGGCCUCUAAACUAUACCCAGGUGCCGAAGAUCGCAGUGCCCCUCAACACAACCAAAUACAAUCCGUCACUAGACGACAACCUGACGCUCAUCUCGUCCUUCAACAAGUUCCCCUACCCGACGCAGGCUGAGCUCUCGUGGCUCACUGCAGCCUCGAAACAUCCCGAGGAGCAAAUCAAAGUGUGGUUCACCACACAGAGGCUCAAACAGGGCAUCAGCUGGUCACCUGAGGAGGUGGAAGAAGCCAGGAAGAAAAUGUUCAACGGUACAAUCUCCUCUAUGACUCAAACCUUCACCGUGGUGACUCCUCAGCUCAACUCCCAGUCAUCCACAAACAUGUCUGCAGCCUCCAGAUUCAUGCAGCCAGGAGCCUCUGUCCUGCAGUCCCUCCCCUGUCACCUGCUGGGACAGACCAGCCUGGUGCUGACGCCUGUAGUCAACGGCUCCACUGUCACCUGUGCACCGCUGGCACUCACAGUGGCAACCCAGGUGGCACAGUCACUCAAACGACCCCUGACCUCUGCAGUGAUCGCCACAGAGAGUAAACGCCCCUCCAUCAUUCAAACAAUCUCGGCGCCCAAGCUGGUGUCCUCCAAAGUGCUAAAUUUUACAGUUGACCCCAAUAAAACAGGCGAGCAGCUCUCAGUACUGAGGUCCAGCUACACACACUGUCCUUUCCCUGAGGAAGAUGAGAUCUACAGGCUGAUAGAGACCACCGGGUUGUCCAGAGGAGAGAUAAAGAAGUGGUUCAGUGAACAGAGGCUCCUUAAUCUCAAAGGUGUUCCUCCACCACCAGUGCUGGUGAAAACAGAGGUGACACCAGCAGUGAAAGAUGGUCCAGUAAAGAAAGCGGUUCCCAGCCACUUUCCCCUGCUGGAGAGGGUGAAGGGAAAGACGUCAGAGCAGCUCAAGGCGCUGGAGGAGAGUUUCCAGAGGAGCAGCUCUCCAACUGAGGCAGAGCUCGACCAGCUGGCCCAGGACACCAGAUUGUCCAAGACGGAGGUGGACUGCUGGUUCUCGGAGCGCAGGGCACUGAGGGACAACAUGGAGAAGACUAUACUCACCAUGGCCUCAAAAAACAUGGAGGACCGACAAGAGCGGCCCGUAGCUCUGCUGAACGGGGCUUCUCAUCGAGAGCAGGACGGGAAACCCCUCAGCUCCUCUCCUCAACCACCUGUCCUCUCCUCCUCGUCCUCCUCCUCCUCACCUCCAGUGCUCGCAGCCUCCUCACCUCCAGUGCUCGCAGCCUCCUCCCCUCAACCACCAACCCUCUCCUCCUCUGCAUCUCCUCCCAUCCUCACCUCGUCCGCCUCCUCUUCCCCCCAUCCUCCCAUCCUGUCAGCCUCCACAAGCCCAGCUCCCAUCAGCAGCCGCUGCCUCACCCUGCUCCGAGAGAUGUUCUGUCGGACCCAGUGGCCAUCUCCUGAGGAGUACAGUCAGCUGGAGGUCCAAACAAGCCUGGGACGCACCGACAUUGUCCGCUGGUUCAAGGACCACCGCUUGGUACUGAAGAACGGUGAAAGUCUGGACUGGAUGGAAGGUUUCCAAAACCCAAACUUAGCCGAGCAGCAGAAAGAAGGCCAGGAACAGAGCAAGAGCAUUUCCUUGGAAGUCAAAGCUGUACCUGACGCUGGUGCCGUGGAGGAGGCUGGUGAGAACGCAGCAGCUACAGAGCCCUCCAAGCUGUCAGAACACGACGAGGUAGAGAGGCUGACUGACAGACUAGCCCACAGUGUGACAGACCUGAGCCAGACCAGACCGGACCAGACUAUCUCUGGCACUGCUGAUAAAGGGUGGGUAAAGGUGACUGUGGCAGUGGAGGAGGAGACUGACGGAGGAGUGGAAAGACAGAGGCUGUCAACAGACUCCGAUGUUCUGACCUUAGAGCAACCAGAGAGAGUCACUGGUUGAUGGUGAGUCGCUGACCACCAUUGGAUGAUGACCAAACGUGGAACCAGUGAUGCAGCUGUCUGCCUGCGAUGUCAUCACAAAGCUCCGGGGACGUUGGAGGUCUACCGCUGGAAGCACUGAUGUGAGGUGCAGAUGCUAAGAGGAGUGCCAAAGCUGGACUUGAUGCAUUGUUCUUACAACUACAACACUUAAAAAAAACAGAAGCAGCCUUGUAAAUAUUUUUCUGUAUUACAAAGAAAAAGGUUUGUACAGUUUUACUGCGAGGGCGAGUUUUGUUACAUUUUUAAACAAGUCUGACUGGUGCCCUGAAAAUUCUUUUUUGUUCUCGUACAAUGAUCAGAGCGUAUGAUAAUCUCUGUCAAUCAGUCCUAUUUUCUUGGGAAUCAAACUUGCGCACGACUCUUUAUGAGCAGUCUUUGAUGGCACUUGCAUAUCCCUGCUGUAGUGAUAGAUAUUCUCAUGGCCACUUCAUUUCACACUGUAGGGUUUCUGUUUUUUUCCAGCAGCGUCACCUUGACUCAUCCUCAUAGAAUAAGGUGAAGGUGGGAAUCACUCACAUGUGCUCGAGGGGAUGUUUGGAGGAGUAACAGUGUUUUGAGAGAUGUGAACAUGGCAACAGCCGAGAGGCCAGAGGAUGAACACAGGCCGCCACAUGGGCAGACGGCACUGGGUCGAGUGAAUGAAUGAACGCAUUGUGCAUCAUACUAUUGGUAUUGCAUUUCCUUACCAGCUGGUUUUUGCAUCAGUACGUGAGGCACGUUGAGGUAACAGCACAGAAUGUUUCUUUUUGAGAAAUAGAAAUGAUAAAAAGAUCAUUUUGGAGAGAGUGUGUCGGUAGGAUCGCACCACGCUGCCUUUUCAGCUCUCGUACCGAUGACGUUUCCUAAAGUACAGCCUGGUGAUGAUUUCACCUUGUUUUUUUUAAACUAAAUAUUCUCCACUGAACUUGCCAAGAACAUUUUGGUGACAGUGUUUGACGCAUGAUGAACUAGUCGAAGCUCCUUUCUUUGAACGCGGUCAGAAUCCAUCUGAUCUGGGAACAAGCCUCUCGUCUUCUCUCCAGGCUUCCUGGCUGUAGGUAUGUCCGUGUUUUCCAAGCAGCAGCACUGGACUCAGGGCUGAUUCCAGUUCAUGACAAACAUGAUGGAGGCUUGUGAACUUCUCACAUUGAUGAAAUGAUAAAAAAAACUGUGCUGAUUUGAUUUGGAAUAAUUGGUAAAUAUCUCAGCAAAGCCAUCAUCAACUGCUCUUGCAUGUGCUUCAACAGCUUUCUUUAAAAAAAAAAAAAAAUUUCAGAAAUGAUUUUCAAAGGGACCUCAUUUUUUAUGGGUCAAAUCCGUGUGAUAUCUGUGCAAGUGGGAAAAGGUUAAGUUGAGCUCAUUUUGAAUAGUUUGACCAGCAGUUGAAUGGCUGUUUGCUGGCUGAAUGUCUGCUGCUGCUUUGGUUUUAUGCUCGGACACGUUUCUGGGAUACUGUACAUUUGGUUGGCUUGUAUGGAAACCUUUGCAUUUUUAUUUUCUAAGCCUGCUGUAACUCAAUAAACACACAACUGACUGUA